GUCAUUUCGUCCCUUGACUUAGCCCUUGAGAGUUUUCUGGUUUUUAUUUUUAAGUCGAAGCUUUAUUCUCCUCUUGAUACAUCUGUAAUAUCCUCAAUUGACCAUCUCUUAUCCCCAUAUCCCCUUCUUUGUCUUCCUCCUAGCCCCGUUGCGCUCUCUCUCUUUACCCCGCCAUGUCGUUCUUCAUUGAAAAUCCCAAUGUGGGAAAUACCAGCCAUCUCGAAGACUCAAGGAUUCGCGGCUACAACCCGCUCACCCCACCCAACCUCCUUCAGCAUGAGAUCGCAUUGACCGACAAGUCGCGGGAAACCGUCCUCAAUGGCCGUAACGAGGCCGUGGCAAUUGUGCAUGGCACCGAUGCCGAGAGGCAACGUCUCAUGGUGGUCAUUGGACCCUGCUCCAUUCACGACCCCGUAAUGGCCUUGGAAUACUGCGACCGUUUGAUGAAGAUGAAGGAGAAGUAUGCCGAUGACCUGCUCAUUGUCAUGCGCUCGUACCUCGAGAAGCCUCGCACCACGGUCGGCUGGAAGGGCCUGAUCAACGACCCGGAUAUCGACAACAGCUUCCAGAUCAACAAGGGUCUGCGCGUCUCCCGCCAGCUCUUCGUCGACCUGACGAAUAAGGGCAUGCCCAUUGCCAGCGAGAUGCUGGAUACUAUUUCCCCCCAGUUCUUCUCCGAUUGUCUUUCCGUCGGCGCGGUCGGUGCUCGCACGACCGAGUCCCAGGUUCACCGUGAGCUGGCCUCCGGUCUGUCCUUCCCCGUCGGUUUCAAGAACGGUACCGACGGCUCGCUCGAUGUUGCCGUUGAUGCUAUUGGCGCCGUCCGACACCCCCACCACUUCCUGUCCGUCACCAAGCCCGGUGUUGCCUCUAUUGUCGGCACUGUCGGCAACCCUGACUGCUUCGUUAUUCUACGUGGCGGCAAGAAGGGCCCCAACUACGAUGCUGCCAGCAUCAAGGAUGCCAAGGCUAAGCUGGAGGCCAAGGGCAUGGCUCCUCGGUUGAUGGUGGAUUGCAGCCAUGGCAACUCUGAGAAGAACCACAAAAACCAGCCCAAGGUCGCUGCUGUCCUCAGCGAGCAGAUUGCCGCCGGUGAAACCGCUAUCAUGGGUGUCAUGAUCGAGAGCAACAUCAACGAGGGCAACCAAAAGGUCCCCGCCGAGGGCAAGGCCGGCCUCAAGUACGGUGUCAGCAUCACGGAUGCCUGCAUCAACUGGGAAGACACCGAGACCACAUUGGAGACGUUGGCUCAAGCCGUUCGUGCCCGGAGACAGAAACUGAGCGGCGCUAACUAAAUCGCGUCGCUAUGUUUUUGUCUUUUGCUGCCUUUUUAUGACACCGGGAUGUAACAACGAGGCAUUUCACGAGCGUACUGUGCCAGGGAAUCAAGGAAAAAGUUUUGAUGCUUUUAAAUAAUUUCUGAAUGAGAAAGAAUCUAAACUCUAUUCUCACGCUUA